UAUACACGUGCAAACAAACCCCAAUUGCUGGCUGCAGAAAGUUGGUGGAUUCAUCUCAACACCGUCUAUAGAACUCAUUCCGGUGCCCAAAAUCCAAAACUUGGGAAAAUUUGUUCAACUAUGGCUGCUAAUUUCUGGACUUCAUCGCACUACAAGCAACUCCUGGACCAAGAGGAGGUCGAUGUGGUGCAAUCGCUCGAUAAAGAUAGGGGCAUCACUCUCGAUGACUUCAAGCUCAUUAAGAUGCAUAUGGCCAAUUAUAUAUUGAAGUUGGCCCAGAGUGUGAAAGUUAGACAAAGGGUUGUUGCAACUGCCAUUACAUAUAUGAGACGCGUUUACACCAGAAAGAGUAUGACAGAAUAUGAUCCACGAUUAGUGACUCCAACCUGCCUAUAUCUGGCUUCAAAAGCAGAAGAAAGCACGGUGCAAGCUAGACUUCUAGUCUUUUACAUUAAAAAAUUACAUUCUGAUGAAAAGUACAGGUACGAGAUCAAACACAUACUGGAAAUGGAAAUGAAGAUUUUAGAAGCUCUUGACUAUUACUUGGUGAUAUUCCACCCUUAUCGUGCAUUGUCUCAGUUGCUCCAAGAUGCAGGCCUGAAUGACAUAAGCAUGACUCAAUUAACUUGGGGACUUGUGAAUGACACUUACAAGAUGGAUCUAAUUCUUGUACAUCCACCCUAUUUGAUAGCUUUGGCUUGCAUAUAUAUUGCUAGCGUACUGAGAGAGAAGGACACAACUGCAUGGUUUGAAGAACUUCAUGUUGAUAUGAAUGUGGUCAAAAACAUCUCAAUUGAGAUAUUGGAUUUCUACGAAAACCACAGAAUGAUAACAGAGGAGAGAAUUGUUACAGCUCUCAGCAAGCUACCUAUGAAAUCGUGAAUAUGAAAUAAAUUAUAGUUCUUUCAAGAAAAUAGUUGAGCUAGCUUCUAAUUCUUGAACACAAUUUUAGCUCUUUCGGAAGCUUGUCACAUCUCUUUGCCGGAUCAAGCUAUGGUUCAUAUAGCUGAUUUGUUCAACCUAGUGAAGAAGUAAACUAUUGGCCUAUCAUUCAUCCUGUAAGUGAUAUAUAACUUCCGCCCUUUAUCUAUGGUUAUGCUCAGGUUGCCAAAUUAUACAAGGACAUAACUUUAGGAAUUUUUCGGACAUUUCUUAGCGUUUGCAAACUAGGUCAAAUGAAACUAUAAAAACAUGAAAAAUGAAGAUUGGAAAGAGGGGACGAUGAGAGGAGAGAAGGGUUUCAUCUAAAUGCUGGUCUGUUUUCUGUUACUGUAGCUAACAAGCAAAAGUAAAGACAUGGAACAAAUAGAACUCACAAGCUAAUUAUAAUUUUUGAAAUAAAUGUGUCUAGGUGA